UCUAUUCAGAAAUCCAGAUAAGAAGUUUUUGGCCACACAGUUUUGGCCAGGACAUUAGAGGCAUCAGAACAGGUGAAUAAAAAAGAUGCUAAUGUUUGACCCAGUCCCUAUCAAGCAAGAAGCCAUGGAGCCUGUUUCAGUGUCAUACCCGUCCAGUUAUAUGGACCAAAUGAAGCCAAACAAAUACAGCGUCAUUUAUUCAACACCAAGUAUGUUGCACAAUAAAUUCUACUCAAACCCCGAAGGACUAUCAAAUGGAAUCCAGAUGGAGCCAGUAGACCUUACGGUGAACAAACGGAGCUCACCAUCUUCAACUGGAAGUUCUCCUUCCCCCCUAAAAUUUCAGACUGUCCAUAGGAGAACUUCACCUGGAUUGACUCUGUCCUCACCCAGCUCACCUCUCAGUAAAUUCACACCAUCACCCCCAGGAGUACAGCCUAUUUCCAUGCCAAUAACAAUCCCACCUGUAAUGGCCGCUGCUCUUUCACGCCAUGGACUGAGAAGCCCUGGAAUACUCCCAGUUAUACAGCCUGUUGUGGUCCAGCCGGUUCCUUUUAUGUAUGCUCCUCAUCUUCAGCAGCCCAUCAUGGUGUCCACAGUUCUUGCUGACGAGAUGGAAACUCCAAGUAGCAUGCAAGUGCCUGUCAUUGAGUCUUAUGAGAAGCCUACACUGAAAAAAACAAUCAAAGUAGAGCCAGGAAGUGAACCAUCAAAGACUGACUUCUAUCCUGAACAAAUGUCACCUCCAAUGAUGACCUCAUUGUCUCCUCAGCAAGUAAUGUUGCAAGAGAAUCACCCUUCAGUUAUAGUUCAGCCAGGAAAGAGACCUUUACCUGUGGAAUCUCCGGACACACAAAGAAAACGCAGAAUACAUCGAUGUGAUUAUGAAGGCUGCAACAAAGUCUACACUAAAAGCUCCCAUCUGAAAGCUCACAGAAGAACCCAUACAGGUGAAAAACCGUACAAAUGCACUUGGGAGGGAUGCACGUGGAAGUUUGCUCGUUCUGAUGAACUAACGCGGCAUUUCCGCAAACAUACAGGAAUCAAACCUUUUCAGUGCCCAGACUGUGACCGUAGCUUUUCACGUUCGGACCAUCUUGCUCUUCACAGAAAACGCCACAUGCUAGUCUGAAUGCCUUCUGUCCCUGACUGCUGUCACACCUUUUUUUUUUUUUUUUUCCCCCACACAUACAUUUUAAUUUGGAUUCAGCUGGUCUGAAUCUUGGAGUUUAUACCAUUAAAAGCUUAUGUAUGGUCAGUAACAGAUGUUAUCUAACCCUUCUAUGUCCUUGCCACGGGUCAGACCUAAAGAAUGUGAACACUUCUUUCUUUUCUCCUGGGGAUGCUAAGCAAACCCUUUCUGCAGACAGUAUGUUUAAUGUAUUCCAUUGUGAAUAAGGGAAUUUGUAAACUAACAGCUUUUGUUGGUUUCUUCAUAUAAUCAACCCAACAUAUACUGAUAAAGUAGUAAAUAUUACUGAAUAUCCAAAAUGCUAGUCCUUGCCAGAGACUUCUAUUUAUGUACCCUGUAAGGGAUACACUCUCAUUUUCUGCUUAACAAUGCAAUGAAUGGACUCUAUGAACCAUGUUGAUUUCUGCAAUAUGGUUAAUGUAACAGUUUUAGAAAGGCACCUGAUUCAGAAAUCCCCUCUGCCCAAACAGUUAUAACACUGUAGAAAUAAAUCUAAACAAUAUAAUUACUUUACAGAAAGAUUGAGUCACAGUAUAAUUUACCCCAGUCAAGAAUUAAAAUUGGCAGGAAUUGGUCUAUACAUAAUACUGUGUAUCUAAACCAAUGUCAUCUGUCCUCUGUAUUAUAGUGUAGUAUAUAUCCUUGUCUUUAUUGCGUAAUGCCCUGGUGGAUCUGUUAAAUGAAGACCUUGUGUGACACUGUAUGUCUGGUUUCUGUGCAAAUGUAUGGAUGGAACACACACGGUACUCUUCACUGACGUGGCAUUAAAUGAUAGUCAUAGAAGCCUACCACACCUCAUUUCAGGGAUAUAGACUAUCCCUCUACAAUCACUCCCCUACAUUUCCUCUAAAGAAUUUUUUCUCUUUGCCGUACCUCAGAAAAUAGCAGUCGUGAAAAAUGCUCCAACCUGUAUUGUUGCCAGUGCCACUUCAAUACACUACAGUGUUUAAAAUUAUUAAUCCACAGUAUUUUUAUGAGAAGAUCGCAUCAGAUAUGAAGCACUUCUGAUGAUAAAUUGAGUCAUGUAUCUCUUUUGGAUAAAGACAUGUACCAACUUGAUAACUCUGAUUUGUGAGUCUGGUAGUAGAUGGUUGAAGCUUCCCUGUGGAUGUGUCUGUUGCAUUAAAAUAUUACAUCAGCACUCCUAACCCCCAUGUCAGUUAGGAGACACAACUCAAUAAAUAAACUGAAUUCAGGCAACCUGCAGUUGACCCUAGAAAUGUUCCUGUCUCUGGAAGCCUGCUGAAAGGAAGGUUUCUGUCUUUAUUAGCUGGCAGACUUUGUGGCAUUGCAAGGAAACUGGAUGUAUUUCUCUAGUCUCUCAGGCACCAGAGUAUUUUCUUACCCCUACAUAAGGUAAACGGUUCCCUGCAAAUCAAACAGACUGAAGUCAGAUCUUCAUUUCUCUUGGAAAAACCCACUGGAAAAUGGAGGGGUGAGGGGAGAAGUUUCAUAAAACUCCGGAGAAGGCAGGUGGAGUGUCCACCUGCAGGUGGGUGUAUUUGAGCUCAUGGAGCAGAUAGGCUGUGCUUCUAUACCCUGUGGAGUCCAACAGCAAACAAAAAUAAUCUUGCAGAUGUGAGAGUUUGAGUGCAAAGUCUUCCCUUGGUGGUAGUUUACCAGCUGUUCUGCUGACAUCCACAUACCCAUAGAAUUGGAGGAGAGGAUCUGUACUUCUUGGAGAAAAAAAGCUCCUGCAGCAAUUGCUGUGAAAUACAAAGUGUUGUUCCAGUUAUUUAACAAAGCUUACACAUGGGAAUAUGGAAGCAGCAAUUUUAUUUAAGGAAUAGGCCCCUGAACAUGUGCUCUGCAAAGAGGAGAGCAGGAUGGGAAUGUUGCUGCAAAGCUUUUGUGAGGAAGACUCGUGUGUUUUGUUACAGCACCAUACAUCCUCACCACUUUGCUAGGGCUGAGGGAAGUUAACUCUAGAUCUAUUCUUGUAACUGGCCCUCAUCUGAUUAUCUGGGGAGCUGAGAAACCUGGGAGAUGAAUUAAUCUAUUUUUUGUUAGGCCAGGUUGUUACUAACAUUGAGGAACUUGCAGGGAAGAGAAUUAUAUUAAUGAGCAGCUGUUCUAGAAUGGAGAUUUUUGUUGGAUAUUUUUAUUGUCAGUGGUAGCAGAAUUGGCCUACUUCAUUAGGCUCUAGGUUUUAAUGGCAGUUCUACAAAUGCAGACACAUCACUAACAGAGGCUUUGUAGAGCCCCUGUAGCAUCAGUCACAAGUCUACAGACAUCUAGUAUGCUGGGAUGAGAACAAUUCUCUUACUAUAUUCUAGGGAAAAAAGUGGAUGAGAUCCUUAAGCAGUUUCAUGGCAGCUGGUCCCAUUUUUAGCUUAACAAAUGCAGAUGCAUAAAAUCUGGGAUGUUUAAGGAACAUUCUUUCCAAUGGUCUCUUUGUCUUUUAAGGUUUUCACAAAAUGUUUAACUUUUUAAAUUUAGAAAUCUAAAAUCAAGUACCCUAAAAACAGAACUUCUUUGUAACUGCAAGUUAAUUUGGAGAAUUUAAUCUAGGUUAUUUGCCAUUUUGCCAUGCUUAUUCAUUAGCCUAUGUAUGUUUUUCCUGAUAAUAUUUAUGCUAAUGGUAGGGACAAAUACAGUGGAGACUUUAAAAUAUCUUUAUUCAUGUGCCUUUUGAUUUAGGAAAACAGAAAUUUAAAUAUUAAAUAUAAAUAUUUGAGAUUAUUUCAUAUAAAUGCCUUGCUUAUAGGAUUUUUCACUUGUGUCUGUGGUGUCUUUUUGUGGGAUGUCAAAAAAGUCACAAAUAUGUGAUGUGAAUUUACUUCUUAACUGGCUCAUUGAUUCAUUUUAGCAAAUUGAGUUGAGGGGUAUCUUGUAAUUUUUAAAUACACACAAUUAAAUGCUAAAUAAGCCAGUCCUUCCAUCUUGGCCCUAAAGAGAAGCCAGUUUAAAGACAGAAAACCCUAAUCCUGCAAAACAUGUAUAUU